CCGUCGAGUCUCUUUUGACUGUGCUUGUGGCAUACGUGCUGUUCCGCGGGUGAAAGGCAUCGCUGGAAGCUCUACAGUUGCUGCCGUCACCUUCGCUAACGUUUCAAGGCGGCUCCGGCGCCAGCGGCCCUGCACCCGAAUCGUCGCCACUCGACGCCGACGCGUCGACUCAAAGAUGAUGCGCCGCCUACUCCUCAUCAUCCCAGCGGUGGCCGCCUCCACAACAAUAAGCGACUGCGACGUCAAGCACGCGUCGGCGGCAACGCUCGUGAGCGCGCUACGGCGAGGAGAUUUCGGCUGCGCGGCAACUUUAGCAUCGGCGGUGGACGCUACCGAUUUAGCGGUCAACGAAGCUCUCUUGGAACUAAGAUCGGCGGAACAGCGCCUCAAAGACGUGCGCGACGCUUUACGGACGUCCGAGGCCUCGAGCGGCAAAGGCAUGGCGCCCGCGCAUCAGUGGGCCCAGUCCGGCGACGAGCUGUUUGUUUCGGUCAAGUUCGCGCACAAGUGGGACGCGCCGGCCACUCUUGUUGGGGAGAAUGACGUCGAGAGCGUUCAGUUCGAGGAGGAGCUGGUCACGGUCCGCGCGCGCAAGGGCUCGAAGCGCUUCGACCUCGAGAUCGUUCCACUAAGGCCGAUCGAUCCUCAAAACUCGUCCUGGGUCUCGGCGUCCGUUGGUCGGUUAACAUUAACACUAGCUAAAGCGCAGAACCAGUCGUGGUGGCCGCGGCUCAAUAGAGAUAAAGUAAAACCAUCCAAUCAAGGUGUGUGGUGGGACAAGCAGGAGUUGUAUGACAAGGAGCGGGACAAGGUCGAGAAGGUCGAGAGGGAACGACUUAAAAAACAACGGGAAGAACGAGAAAAAACGCCCAACGAACAGCUCGCGGAGACGGUAGAAGCGAAGCUCAAAGAAGACGAAGCAGAAUUGGAACUGGCCGAAGAAAUGCCCCCUAUCUUAACCGAUGAAGCCCAGGAGGCCUCGGUCAAAGCUGAGAGAAGGAAGGCUCUAUGUCGGAAACAAGCAGCGCGCGAACGCAAGGAGGCCGAGGAGGACGGGAAAAAGGCCGUGGUCAAGGAGCAGGCUAGGACGCAGCUCGCGUUGGAGGACGUGGAGAACUGGCUGACCUACGCGAUCCAACAGAUCGACGCGGACGCGAAGAAGGAGAGCGCGGGGAUUGGCGGGGUUGUUGUGGGUGACGGCGUCCCGGUGGACAUGCCCGACGUGCCCGAGGCGGAUUCUCUAUUGAGGCGGCGCGCCAAAAAAAGGGGAGAGCCCGUCGAGAAGAAGAAACGGAAGAAAAAGAAGAAGGAUGAUUCGAAGGAGGAUCUUUAGUGUUAUAACAAUAGUUGAUAUUUUA